GCGGGUUUUAAAAAAAAUGAGGGCGGGGCCUUCACCGUCACUGGCUUUCUGCGGGCAACAUGGCGUCGUCUAGUCGUGGGGAUCCAUUACCCAGAGUGCAAUGUCCAAACCACCCAGAUGCCGUUUUGGUGGAAGAUUACCGUGCUGGUGACAUGAUUUGCCCAGAAUGUGGGCUGGUUGUAGGUGAUAGAGUUAUAGAUGUUGGCUCAGAGUGGCGAACAUUCAGCAAUGACAAAGCAGCAAAAGACCCAUCUCGAGUUGGUGAUGCUCAGAACCCACUGUUGAAUGGUGGUGAUUUGUCAACUAUGAUUGGAAAGGGUACUGGAUCAGCAAGUUUUGAUGAGUUUGGGAAUGCCAAAUACCAAAAUAGGAGGACUAUGAGCAGUUCUGACCGAGCAAUGAUGAAUGCAUUUAAGGAAAUCAGCAAUAUGUCUGACAGAAUAAAUCUCCCUAGAAAUAUAGUUGAUCGAACAAAUAAUUUAUUUAAGCAAGUGUAUGAACAAAAGAGCCUAAAGGGAAGGAGUAAUGAUGCCAUUGCUUCUGCCUGUUUAUACAUUGCCUGUAGGCAAGAAGGUGUGCCACGAACUUUCAAAGAGAUUUGUGCAGUGUCCAGGAUUUCAAAGAAAGAAAUAGGCCGCUGCUUUAAGUUAAUCCUGAAGGCUUUGGAAACCAGUGUGGAUCUGAUUACUACUGGAGAUUUUAUGUCCAGGUUCUGUUCAAACUUGGGAUUGCCAAAACAAGUGCAGAUGGGUGCAACACACAUUGCCAGGAAAGCUGUAGAACUGGAUUUGGUGCCUGGCAGGAGCCCAAUCUCUGUGGCUGCAGCAGCUAUUUACAUGGCAUCUCAGGCAUCAGCAGACAAAAGGACACAAAAAGAGAUUGGAGACAUUGCUGGUGUAGCUGACGUCACAAUCAGGCAGUCCUACCGACUCAUCUAUCCACGAGCUGCUGAUCUUUUUCCUGCUGAUUUCAAAUUUGAUACGCCAGUUGACAAGCUCCCCCAGUUGUAAGCUGAGUCAGCCUAUUCAUGCACACAAGUUUUUUUUCAAAAAAAAAGCAAAUUUUUGUUCUCCCCUCCCCCCCCCCGGAGGUUCAAAUGUGUUGAUUUGGAGUCCCAAUUUUAUGACCCUCAAAUGAAUGAACCCAGCAAUGAACCAGUGAGGUUAUGUAGCAGUAGAGGGUUAUAGCAUGUUAAAUGCAGAAUAUAUUCCAAAGCUGAAUUUUAAGAACAUUUAUACUUGCUGGUUGAUUUGUAUAUUUGCAAGUGUAGAAUUUAUACCUUGCUGGAUAAUUAAUUUGUAUAUAAUGUAAAAUGGGGACAUUGCGCUGUGAAAGACUGCAGAUAGACUGGUUCAUAUUUACUUUUUUUUGCUGAAUUACCAAUAUGUGAUUUUGGCAUAUGGUACGUGUAUUAAGGUUUGCAAAAUGCUUGGUGUCUACAUAACAUAUAAUCCUUUAUUUCAGCAUUUAUAUUAAAUUGAGCUUUAAACUUGCCAUGCUAAACUAUUAUAUAUGCAAGUGGUUGUUCAGUGCAGGUUGGACUGAGUAUCUCAUCAGUUUUUAAUAUGAUUUGAUGUACAGCCAAUUUUACUGUUAAAUCUGUUUAAGUCUUCUGGUUGGGUCCCCGGUGACCAAGAGACUGAAGAUAAAGCUCAUGGUGUGGUGUUCUAUUUGCUUUUGCUGUUUAGAAUGGCUUUCACAGAAUUUGUCAUCUGGACCAUGUUCAAAUACUGUUUCUGCCUAAGGCAACCAGUCCAGUUAAGUUUGCGGCUCACCUCUAAUGUAGGCUUUCAGUGCAAAUGUUACCUUAGUUAAUUGGAUUCAAACCAUGUUUUUUUCAUACUGCUCAUUUAGUUGUGGGAUUAAUUCAAACUGAGGUCAUAGCAGGCAGGGACCAUUGUAGGUUACAAAGAAAAGUUUGCUCAGCUUUGAAAGUUGAAUUUAUUUGUGCAGUUUAAGAUUGAGAUCUUUGGAAUAACUUAAAAGUUCUAGAGCUUGAUAUUGAUAUUCUGUAACUUUUUUGGAGAAUCUAUUUAAAUGCAAGAUAAAUUACAUUAAAAUGUGAUUUGUUUCAAUGGGCUAAUUGUUAAGGUGCUUAUUUUGAGCAUAACUUUGUUGCAUUAUGUAAGGAUUUCUAAAAUAUGUAUUUCUUAGUGUGCUGAAAACUAAUCAAGUUGCAUUUAUAAUUUGUUUGAGUGAGAGGUUAACUAAUGUAGUUUGUUUCUACAUUUUAAAUGUUAUGUAUUGGUAAUUCCUUGGCACAUAGAUGUUUUGAUGGCCAUUAAAGGAAGUUAAUGACAUCUGUAUGUAUCUUUCUUGUGAUUGCACAUAUGGAAGUGAAUAAAUGUGAACAAAUUAACAUGC